GUUCAGUCAGUCAUGUCUAAGGUUAACGUUAGUAUUAUUGGAUCUGGUAACUGGGGUUCAGCCAUCAGUAAAAUAGUGGGCAUAAAUGCUAAGAGACUUACAGAAUUUGAAGAUCGCGUUUAUAUGUAUGUUUAUGAAGAAAUUAUUAAUGGCAAGAAAUUAACUGAAAUCAUCAACGAAACUCAUGAAAAUGUCAAGUAUUUACCUGGAUAUAAACUUCCAGAUAAUGUUUUUGCAACAUCUGAUAUUGUUGAAGCUGCAAAAAAUGCUGACAUUUUAAUUUUUGUACUUCCACAUCAAUACAUCAGCCACAUUGGAUCCCAACUUGCUGGUUUAAUAAAACCGACAUCAAUGGCAUUGUCUUUAACUAAGGGUUUUGAGAUUGCAGAAGACGGUCGAAUCGAAUUAAUAUCUCAAGUCAUAAGGAGACAUCUUAAUAUUCCUUGUGCAGUUUUAAUGGGUGCAAAUUUAGCAACUGAAGUUGCGGGAGAAAAAUUUUGUGAAACUACAAUUGGCGUAAAAGAUUCAAAAAUGGCACCAAUUCUUUAUAAUUUAUUCUCAACUCCUAACUUUCGUGUUGUAAUCAGCGAUGAUGCUGAUACUGUGGAAAUGUGCGGUGCUUUAAAGAAUAUAGUGGCAACUGGUGCCGGUUUUAUAGAUGGAUUAGGAUAUGGAGAUAAUACAAAAGCAGCUGUAAUUAGACUUGGGCUCAUGGAAAUGAUUAAGUUUGGCAAUGUUUUUUAUCCGGGUUGUCAAUUGGCAACAUUUUUUGAAUCGUGUGGUAUUGCUGAUUUAGUUACUACUUGCUACGGGGGUCGAAACCGUAAAGCAGGAGAAGUUUUUGUUAAGCAAGGAAUGAGUUUUACAGAAAUAGAGAAGAAUAUAUUAAAUGGUCAGAAUUUACAGGGUCCAGAAACUGCAGCCGAAGUCUAUCAUAUGCUCAAAACAAAAGACAUGGAAGAUCAAUUUCCAAUGUUUACAGCGGUUCACAAAAUUUGCAUUGGAGAAUUGAAGCCUGAUCAUUUUAUUGAAUGUGUUCGAGAGCAUCCAGAACACAUGUAAAACAGAUAAAAAUUAAAAGUCGAUUACAUUUAUUAUAUAAAUUGUUCAAAAGUCAUGGAGAGACUUUCACACACAGUUAAAAUUUUCAUUGUAACUAUCAUAAAUCUCAAAAAGUAGUUGUGAAUGGAAUAUCUUCUUUCACGUAAAAUAAAAUCAUCACAUAGAAUUUCAUUCAAAAUAUCUACUUACUUACAUUCAUUCAGUUAUAAAUAUAUCGCUUUGAAGCCUUCUUAUCUUAUAAUUCAUUCAAAAAGGUCCUUCACAGUCUCUAUUCAUAUUUUUUAUAUUGUGACUCACGUGGCGAAAGGAAUGUAAAAU